CUAGUGAAGUUGCUGAUUUAAGAAGAAUGCUGUCUUUUACGGAGAGGCUCACGGCCAGAAGCUGUGAAUUUUGAGGCAUUGAUGGCCUGAAAAUUUUCCCCACUACCAAACAUCCCGCAAUGGAAACUCUCCCCUUUCGUGGAGUCCCUUCACUGAGUUGUGCAAGGAGACGAGUCAACAAUUCGUUUGAGCCCUUCCACCAUCGGACCCUCUUCUUUUAUAAUCUCUCUCUUCCCAAAUCCCUCUUUCCUCCUCUCAAUUUCCCUCUUCUUUCCCGCCACCGCGCUCUCCAAUUCGUCGCCAAGGCGGAGGAUUCUCAUCACCACCACCACCACCCCCACAAUGAUCAUCACCACGAUGGCCACCACCACCAUCACGGCCACGGCCACGGCCACCACCAUCAUCAUCAUGGCAGUGGAUCGACGCUGAGUAGAACGCAGGAAUCUUUUCUUCGAAUUGCGAAAGCGAUUAGGUGGGCAGACUUGGCGGAUUUCUUGAGGGAGAAUCUGCAUUUGUGCUGCUGUUCCACGGGUCUGUUUCUAGCGGCUGCGGCUUGCCCGUAUUUGAUUCCGAAGCCGGCCGUGAAGCCUCUACAGAAUGCCUUCAUUUUCGUUGCUUUUCCUCUCGUUGGGGUCUCAGCAUCUCUUGAUGCUCUUAUUGAUAUUACUGGUGGAAAGGUAAACAUUCAUGUACUGAUGGCUCUUGCAGCCUUCGCAUCAGUAUUUAUGGGAAACCCACUGGAAGGUGGUUUGCUUCUUGCGAUGUUUAAUCUGGCUCAUAUUGCUGAAGAGUAUUUCACCAGCCGCUCAGUGGUGGAUGUUAAGGAGUUGAAGGAAAAUUAUCCAGAUUUUGCUCUUGUUUUGGAAGUGAAUAAUAAUAAACCGCCUAAUUUCUCUCAUUUGGCAUACAAAAAGGUCCCUGUGCAUGAUGUAGAAGUGGGUUCAUAUAUCUUGGUCAAAGACGGUGAGUUUGUGCCAGUUGAUUGUGAAGUUUUCCAAGGUAGAUCAACAAUUACUAUAGAGCAUUUGACUGGGGAAAUGAAACCAGUAGAGAGGACAGUUGGGGAAAGGAUUCCAGGUGGAGCACAUAACUUGAGUGGUAUGAUGAUAGUGAAGGCAACAAAGUCAUGGAAGGAGUCUACAUUGAGCAGGAUUGUGCAAUUGACUGAAGAAGCACAACUAAAUAAGCCAAAGCUUCAAAGGUGGCUGGAUGAAUUUGGGGACCAUUACAGCAAGGUGGUCGUAGUUCUAUCAAUUGCUGUUGCCUUCAUUGGACCACUUCUUUUCAAGUGGCCUUUCAUUAGUACUUCAGUUUGCAGAGGAUCAGUUUACAGAGCGUUGGGGCUCAUGGUGGCAGCAUCUCCUUGUGCAUUAGCUGUUGCUCCAUUGGCAUAUGCUAUUGCCAUUAGUGCCUGUGCAAGAAAGGGUAUAUUGCUGAAAGGUGGGCAUGUUUUAGACGCUCUAGCUUCUUGCCACACUAUUGCUUUUGAUAAAACUGGGACUUUGACGAGUGGAAAACUAACAUUCAAAGCAAUUGAACCAAUCUAUGGACAUGGGGUCAGAGCCUAUAGAUCAAAAUUUGUAUCUUGUUGUAUCCCUAGUUGUGAAAUAGAAGCCCUUGCUGUUGCUGCUGCCAUGGAGAGGGGUACUACUCAUCCUAUUGGAAGAGCUGUUGUGGACCAUUGUGUGGGCAAAGAUCUUCCACCUGUGGCUGUUGAAAAUUUUGAGUCUUUACCAGGCAGAGGCCUUUCUGCUACACUGACUAGCAUUGAGUCAGGAAUUGAAGGAGGUGAACUGUUGAAAGCAUCAAUUGGAUCCCUAGAGUAUAUCCUUUCACUUUGUAAAUCUGAAGAUGAGUUGAAAAAGAUCAAGGAAGCUGUGAGCACAUCGUCUUAUGGGAGUGACUUUGUUCAUGCUGCUCUCUCUGUUAAUAAAAAGGUAACACUGCUUCAUUUUGAGGAUGAACCUCGACCUGGGGUAUUAGAUGUCAUACUGGCAUUACAGGAUCAAGCAAAGCUCCGUGUAAUGAUGCUAACUGGUGACCAUGAGUCAAGUGCAUGGAGAGUUGCAAAUGCUGUGGGUGUCAAGGAGGUUUACUGCAGCCUGAAACCUGAGGAUAAGCUCAAUCAUGUGAAGAGUAUAUCAAGGGAGGCAGGUGGAGGUCUGAUAAUGGUAGGUGAUGGCAUUAAUGAUGCACCUGCACUAGCUGCUGCUACUGUGGGUAUUGUGCUUGCUCAACGUGCUAGUGGAACUGCAAUAGCUGUUGCUGAUGUGCUAUUGCUACGGGACAAUAUUUCUGCUGUUCCAUUCUGUGUAUCUAAAUCUCGUCAGACAACCUCCUUGGUCAAACAAAAUGUGGCCCUUGCUUUAUCAUGCAUUCUUCUGGCCUCUCUCCCAUCUGUGUUGGGGUUUCUACCACUUUGGUUAACGGUUCUUUUGCAUGAAGGUGGUACUCUUCUUGUCUGCCUCAAUUCUGUACGCGCUCUGAAUGAGCCCACAUGGUCCUGGAAGCAAGAUCUCCUACCAGUGGUUGAUAAAUUCAAGUCCACAAUUAUGUUUUUAAGAAGACAUACCACCACCUCAAGCAGCACAAGGGCUGCUCCCCUAUAAUUGGGUGUUCCAUUUUAAGCGAAUCUAUUCGGGAGCUAUUAAAGCUUUACUCUUGAAUGAUUAUAUAUAAUAAGAUCGAAUAGAAGUUGUAAAUCUCAUUCAUUAGUGUAAACCUUUGAAGAAUCAUAAAUUUUGACUCAGCAUAAAGUUGACACAACAAUCUAAUGAAAUUAUUUGGCUCCUUAGUCUCUUUGUCUC